AUCCAAAAAAUAUGUUGUUUUGGAUAUAUUUUUUACUAUUCUGGAAAGCAAAUGGACUAAGAAAACAUGCAAUGGGAAUGACUCCACGUUGCAGUGAAAGGCCAACUUCGUUUCAAUGAAUCCCACUAUAAAAGCUUUACCAAAGCAAGCCACAACAUCAACAACUUCCACUGCAAUCACAAUCCUAAACAAAUACCUUAGCAUACCACACAACAUGAACUCCAUGGGAAAAUGUUUCACGGAAGAGCAAGAAGCUCUGGUGGUGAAAUCAUGGAACGCGAUGAAGAAGAAUUCUGGGGAGUUGGGUCUCAAGUUUUUCUUGAAAAUAUUUGAGAUUGCUCCAUCAGCUCAGAAAUUGUUCUCAUUCUUGAGAGAUUCAACCGUUCCUUUGGAGCAAAACCCCAAGCUCAAGCCCCAUGCAACGUCUGUCUUUGUAAUGACCUGUGAUUCAGCAGUUCAACUGCGGAAAGCUGGGAAAGUCACUGUCAGAGAAUCCACCUUGAAAAAAUUAGGUGCUACCCAUUUUAGAACUGGCGUUGCAAACGAGCAUUUUGAGGUGACAAAGUUUGCACUUUUGGAGACCAUAAAAGAAGCUGUACCUGAAAUGUGGUCACCAGAGAUGAAGAAUGCAUGGGCAGAAGCUUAUGAUCAGCUGGUGGAUGCCAUUAAAUCUGAAAUGAAACCACCCUCCUCUUAGACAAACAAUUCCACACCUGAAGCUUUUCAUUCCAUCCCUCUGAAACUGAAUAAACUUGAUGACUGUUUGUGAUAAUAAAAGUGCCGAGUGUUGGUGCUUUUCUUUUGUGUGAAUGUAAUGUAGCUAUUUAGAAGUUGCUAGGUAGGAAAGUAAGUGUCUGGCAUUAAUGUAACAGUUCUGAAAUUGAAGUUGUCUGAAUGAAUUAUAGCUGUUUGUGGCUUUGU